AUGGCGGACAGUCGAACCGAUAUGCGAUCUGACCGGGUGUGGUCUUACCAAAUGGAUGACAUUCUAUGUGAUCGAGACUCUGUUAACAUAUACGCCAGCCUUACCCUUUCAGAAAAGCUUGAUUUGGACACUGAAUCUAUUUCGCCUACUAGGUCUUCGAAUUACAGCUGCGAUAUCUCCUCAUCAUCUACAAUCCCGUCGGUUACCACGAUACGGCGAAAGCUCGUAGCCACCAUGUCAUACUCUCCAGGGAGACUGGAGCGAGCACAGCAGGUCUUUGAACAUAGUAUGAGCAAAUUCUGCAUGCUCCCACACCUCGCUGGACCAUAUCACUUGCGAGAGCGUGCCCUCAAGCGUGCCGCUGUUGUUGGGUCAUGGCAUGACAAUGACAAAGAUAAAGACUACCAACCUUCCAGCAAGAGAACACCGACCAAGCGCAAGCUAUCUCUUUUCCAUGAGGAUUAUCACGGCCCUCGAUCAGACAAGCGAGCCAGGAGCUUGUCUCCGAUUUCUAUAUUCCGUUCGAGAAUGAGCGCAGGCACGGAAAGUGAAUAUUAUGUCCCCCCUUGGACACCGUCUCAACACAGUGAGCCCGACAGCUGGGACAGAUACUGGACCGUGAAUCCCGAGAUAGACACACCGAAUUCACAGUACGGCCUUCAAACCUACAAUGACGACGUGCUGCCAGAAUCACCACAAACGAAUGACACAACCGAGGUCGAGGCCGAGGCAUCGGAGUCGACUGGGGAUGUCCUGCCUCCUGAUAGCGAACUUCGGCUGAGAGAGUGCGCUGCCUGCCAAGAGCUAGGCUUUGAAUGCUCGCUUAAAUCUAACCCCGAUCCGUUCGCCUAUCCUUGCACAAUAUGUGAAAUCGAUGAUGUCUUUUGCGUCGUGAGCCCCCCACCCAAAUGGAAGCAAACAUGCGAGUGUUGCAAAGGGCAGAACAAAGAGAUUUGUUCGUAUCGCUACGCCGACUAUGACCAUUCACAACCUUGUCUCCCAUGCCGAAAUCAUGGGUUCGAAUGUGUUGCUGGACCAGCUAGACACGCACCUUUUGCACUGCUUGCCACAAGUGAACCAAGCGAGCCAAGCAGUUCUCCAGUUUAUUCUCCAGCACCCUCCAACUCAACCGAUGGAACCCCAGAGCCCGAUGUUUCUGAGGUAUCUAAACCGAGUGAACAACUCAGUUCCCCUAUCCAACCAAAGACCCAGAUUCCAGAGAUCAACCCCACAAAGGGCAAUUCUUGGGAGACCUCUUCGCCUCUAUUCAGCAGCGCACAUCCCUCCGUUGCUGAGGGACCGAAGCCACAUGAGGUGAUUGUAAUCACUGAUUCAGACGAUGAAACACCGAACACCCCGAAGAGGCAGGGCUCACCGAUCUAUAUCUCUGACUCCCUCGAGUCACCUACUCGCACCACACCCUCAAAUACCAUCCCUUCGCAGUACGCGAACACUCAUCGAAUCUGGACUGAACUUGCUCAUCCUGUAGUGUUUCUCGCAAAUGAGCAGGACGAAGAUCCCCCUUGCCACUGGUGCAACAACUUUGCAUAUGGAAUCACUGGCCUUGGUCCUCGCAAUCCAGAGGUCUGCACAUUAGAUAACGGCACAAUUAUUGAGCUACAAGAUGGCCACAUUGCCGAAGGAAAAGAACAGAGCCGGAUGUGCGUCUUCUGUACAUGGAAUCGAUGCAAAAUCAUACAAUGCUCCCAUGACACUCUCCAUCUACUACCUGUACCUUUGUCAACGAAAGACCAAAUGCGGACUGAUGCUGCAGCACUUCUAGAGGAAGCAAGUGAAGCUCUGACUGACCCCGAGACUGGCAAGGCUGGCCCUGUUUUUCGAACUUCCCCUUACCAAUGGUGCAGCCUGUGUCGGGAGCCCGCAUUCGGGUCUUGCCAGGCAGUUCAACCAGUCAAUGUCUACGCUGAGCUCAUCGCCACGACGUCUUCCCCAAAGAGAAGAAAGGUUUCCCCAGAGCCUCGCACCAGUCCAGGCCUUCGGGCUCAACGUCACGGCCGCUCCGUACCUCCACACUCUCGCCACACGUCUUCUUCUUCCUCCUCCCGCGGCCAGAGUUCGUCGUUGUCCCCGCCUCGCUACGUGCCUGCGCACCUGCAGUUUCAGUCUGGAAGUCCGCCUGGCCGCUCGCUCACUCCCGCGACCGCGACCGCCGGACUCACCCUCUCCAGCGACCAUUCCGACAUGCCCUCCGAUACUCGAGAGGGUACACCUCCAACUCAUGGACGAUCCCCUUCUCCUGGCGAAAAGUGCCCGGCGUCCGAAAUCACCGACUCUGACCCCGAAGGAGGCGUGAGCACUGGCUUCAAUCCCACCCGCACAUACAUUAUUCCCCGCACAUGCGACGGCACAAACGAUGAACCCCCCUAUCCUACCACCUCAAGCAAUGAGAAGACCGGGCCGGCAUCCUCGGCCGGCGAGCGGUCCAGACCGGCAUCGCCCAAAUCAGACGAUAUUCCUACGAUCGACGACCAGGUGGCUGAGGUGAAUGCGUUGAUGACAGCGCCGCUGAAGGAUGGACAAAAGGGCUUUGUUGUGUCAAUGGCGUGGCUAAAGAAGGUGCUUGCACGUACUACGGCUCAUGCUGAUCACACGGACAAAGGACCAUUGGAGGAUGUCGGUCCCGUCGACAAUAUGAACAUAAUGCUCGACACCGACCCGGCCACUCCCACCUUCAAAGACGAAACUGGUGAAGUUUUCGUACCUAUGCGCCCCGGUUUGCACGACGCUCUGGAUUUCGCAAUCAUUCCGCAACAUGGUUGGGACUUGAUCCAGAAAUGGUACGGCCUCGCCGACCAGUCACCCAUCAUAAUUCGCUAUGCUCACAACACCAACCAACCCGGUGAUACUGAAAAUAUCGAAUAUGAGACUUAUCCUCCAAUUCUCACCAUUUUCAAACUGUCCAACCCAGCUGUGGGUACUACACCGACCAUCUUGAGACAAACCGUCAAGCCAUCUGUGAAGAUCCUGGCAAGUCGCCAGACGAAUUACCAAAAAUGGUUGAGGGAUGCCAAAGAACAGACUGGUGUCGAUAUGUCCACCAAGGUUCGGGUUUGGAAAAUCCUCCAGCUCCCCCAAAGCACCACUGCCUCAGCGUUGGCAACCCCAGCUGUCUCCCGCAGCCAAUCGCCAGCUCCUCCAUUGGCUCUGAUCUCUGACCCCAACGACAAGCUUCUUUUCGAUUUGAACGCUUUUCUCGAACUUCCAGAGGGAAGCCACCGAGUGUUGCUUGAUGGUGUCAAGGAUCAAACCCACAAUGCCAACUACAACGGUCGCAUGACCUUGGACAUGGCUGGUCUUGCCGCGGCGAAUUGUGUUGUUCUUGAGGAACAGGUCGGCGGUUCCAAAGGUGGAGAAUGGGUGUCUGAAGCCUCUGCCAAAACUCUCAAGAGUCUAGGUAUCCCUGUAGAUCAGCCGAAGAAAGAUACUGCUAGCAAAGCAGCUGUUGCAAAAGCCACACCGAAGAGCACACAAGCCAGUGGCAGAUCUACCCCUACACUUGCUCCCGAUCCAAUCAGGGGGCUCAUCUCUCGAGGUCGGAAGGGUCGACAGCUCAUCGUGGGAUUGCAAAACCUUGGCAAUACUUGUUACAUGAACUCUGCGUUGCAAUGUGUGCGAAGCAUUGAGGAGUUGUCUUAUUACUUUCUUAGUGGAUUGUACAAACCAGAGCUGAAUCCCAACAACGUCCUUGGAUGCGGCGGCGCCAUUGCCAAGCAAUGGGCCAACCUGCUUCAGGAGCUCUACAAAUCGGACCCUCAGCCGAGAUGUGUCAACCCCUCUAGGUUCCGGGCUGCCGCUGGUCGGCAACGUGAAGAAUUUGCUGGCUAUGAUCAACAUGAUAGUCAGGAAUUUGUGAUGUUUCUCCUUGAUGCACUGUCGGAAGAUCUAAGCCGGAUCAUUGGCAGCAAGCCAUCCACUGUCAUUCCUGAUUCCACUGAUGAGAUGAUUCAUGAUCGCAAGGCUCUUGAGGAUUUCGGAAAGAAGUGUUGGGAGCUCUACGAGGCCCGUAACGCCUCCGUUAUCACCGAUCUGUUCGCUGGAAUGUACAAGUCAACAUUGAUCUGCCACAAUUGUGAAAAGACCAGCAUCAUCAUGGAUCCUUUCACAAUGGUCACUGUGCCCAUCCCAACGGGUCCAACACUGAUCAAUCGAACAAUCAACUUUUACCCUCUUGAUGGCCCACCGGUGUCUCUGAAAGUCCGCCUGGAUGAAAAUGAUACUUUGAAGGACUGGAAGAACUUUGUCGGUCAAAAGGUGGGAGUUAAUGCAGAACAAAUCUUUGCAGCAGAAACAUUGCACAAUUCCUUCUGGCAAAUUCUUUGCGACGAUGACUAUACUUUCGGCAGUCUACGCAUUUCCCAAGAAGACACCGUUGUGUUCUUUGAUCUUGGUCCUCUUCCAGCAUCUACCAACUCUUCUGACACUACCUCCGAUGGUGAUGCAAUCCUUGUACCCGUCUUCCACCGCAAACUUGUUCCGCGCAAGGACAGAGAGCCCACUCGUGAACUUUUCGGAAUCCCAUCCUUCAUACGUCUUUCUAGUGACGAAACUCAGAACCUCGAGGCAAUUUACCGCAAGCUCUUGACCCAAGCCAAUAAUCUGACUACACACGACAUUCUGGCCGUCGAAGAAAAAACGACCGAUGACAAUGCAGCUGAUGACUCUGACACCGUGGUCACAAACGAGGAUGAUGCACGAUCAGCAGAUUCCCGAAUCAAAACUUCUUCUGUUGACGGCGAAGACAGCAUCGUCGACAUUUCUAUGCAAGCUGAGCAAGCGCCUAAGCCUGCAGAGAGCUCCGAUGAGUCGGAUUCUGACUCUGAAUCUGUCGAAUCCCCUCGGCAUCCUCUUGCUGGCAAGAUUCCUGCCAGUUUGUUGUCACUUUUCGAUGCGACAGUCAUGAGCACAAAUGCCACUUUGCCUGAUGGACGCAACAUCUCCACCCUGAAAAAAUACCCUUCUAUUUCCUCUCGCAUCCCAUCUCCUCCCACUUCUACUAAGGGAUCCGAUGCUUUAUCUAAAAGCUCCGCAGAUGACAAUGCCGAAGAUGACGUUGAUACAGAUGAAUCAGAUGUCACACCAAACUCAGCACUACCCCUCCUUCACCAAGGCGAUGCCAUUCUCCUUGACUGGACUCCUGAUGCAUUUGAUGCCCUUUUCGGCGGCAAGCUACGUGAUCCCGAGGAGCUCCGUGGCUGCCCUACCUACAUGAGCAUCAAGAAUGUCUAUGAUCAUACCAUGGCGGUAAGCCAGAAGAAACCGAAGCAAACAAAUGUCUCUCUCGACCAAUGCCUGGACGAGUUCAGCAAGGAGGAAAUUCUUUCUCGCGCAGAUAGCUGGUUUUGUCCUCAGUGCAAAACUCACGUUUCGGCCACCAAGAAGUUUGAGCUGUGGAGAAUCCCGGAUAUUAUGGUCAUCCAGCUCAAGCGAUUUAGCCAAUUCCGUGGCAGGCACGGACACAAGAUCAGCACUCUUAUCGACUUCCCCUUCGAGGGACUAGACUUGAGCAGCCGCGUGGAAGGCCCCGCGAAUGGAAAAAGUGCGGUGUACGAUUUGAUUGCUGUCGACAACCACAUGGGUGGAAUGGGUAGUGGCCACUACACUGCCUACAUCAAGGACUUUGUUUCCGGUGCCUGGGUCUAUUGCAACGAUACCUCUGCGACUACUGUCACCAACAUGCAGUCGAUCAUCACAUCGGGUGCCUAUCUCCUGUUCUACCGCCGUCGCUCCGACCGUGCAUUUGGUAACCAGGAGCUGCGGGACCUAGUCGAAGGCUACCGGAACCGCGCGGGGAGCGUGUCUGGCAGUUCCUCCGGUUCCCGCAGCCCUGGUGGGUCCCAAUCACCUUCGGAGGACGGCGGUCGUGCCAUUGGCAGCGCACCCCGCAAGGUGUCGUCUGCCUUGGCCAGGGCAGGAGUGGCACCCCGUGUGAGCCGGGGGCAGGAUUCCCUCGGCAAUGAUCUGUACUCUUCUGUCGAGGAGAGUACUUCGGGCUCGGAGGACGGGGGUAGCGAAGAUUGCCGGUGGUAA